AUGAAAGUCAUUCCACACUCUAUCUCUCCUCACUUUUUCUUGCGUAAACCUCUGGCUGCAACUUUAUAUACCUCACUGCAUCCAUCAGAUCCACCAUCUACCACCAACCACUCUUUCCCACAACCAACCAUGAUCGAGCUCAUAAAAUCGAUCCACGCACACACAGACAAGGCCUGGAGCGUCGCGCCGCACCAAACGUUACCCCUCUUGGCCUCGGCCUCCAGCGACAAAACAAGCCGAAUCUACAAACUCUCCGAAUCCCAGAACUUUCCGCAGGUUGCCACCCUUGCAGACACCCACAAACGGUCUGUGCGUGCGGUCAGCUUCAAGCCGCAACUUCUCUCGCUGGAAAGCGAUUUCAUUGACCUCCCAGCUUUGGCCAGUGGAUCAUUCGAUGCCACCAUUUCCAUCUGGGGUAUUGAGGAGCCUGAAGAGAUGGAUAUGAUUGAGGAGGGAACAUACGAGGACGAGGAAGGCGCAGUUGUCAACAAGGAGGUUGAGCUUCUAACGAGUCCGAGCAACGAAUGGAACUUGAUGGCAUUGAUUGAGGGACAUGAGAACGAGGUCAAGGCGGUGGCUUGGAAUUGGUCUGGGCGGUACCUUGCGUCGUGCUCGCGCGACAAGACGGUGUGGAUCUGGGAAACGGAUCCGGAAACUUUGGAGGAGUUCGAGUGUGUUUCCGUGUUGAGCGACCAUGACCAGGAUAUAAAGCACAUAGUAUUCCAUCCUCUGCACAACUUGUUGGCAAGCUCGUCAUAUGACGAUACCAUACGGCUUUAUAAUCAGGACGAUGAUGACGACGAUUGGUCGUGCGUAGCUAUUCUCAAUGGCCACCAGGGAACGGUGUGGUGUUCUGCGUUUGAACAUCCAAGAGCAGCAUCUGCUGUUGAUGGUCGCACCAGACUUGUGUCUGCAUCCGAUGACUCGACUGUUCGUGUUUGGUCAAGCACUUCUGCAGUUGAGGUGAGCAAAUCUGGCAAUACUCUACCCAGCUCCAUCAAACACGGCAGCGCCGAUAUGGAGUGGGUGCUGGACCUGACUCUUCCGCCAGUGCACAAGUUCGCUGUCUAUUCUGUGUCGUGGUCUAAUACUAGUGGACGCAUUGCAAGCGUUGGCGCUGAUGGCCAGAUCGCCGUCUAUAAGGAAAGCGCUGAUGGUUGGCAGGUUGAGUCUACCUUCCAGGGCGCGCACGGUGUUCAUGAGAUCAACUGUGUUGCAUGGUGCAAAUUGGCAUCGGGUGAAGAGAUCUUGUCUACAUGUGGAGAUGAUGGGCAUGUAAACUUGUGGCGUUUAUAG